AUGUGGGACGACGAGGAUAACAACCCCUAUGGGGCAUUUGACCAGCAUGAAGCCCAUCUGGCAGACUCGCUGCAUUCCGCCGUACUCUCUCCCCCCAUUUACGAGCAUGAUUCGACUCCGCCCUCUAGCCGAGAUUCCAACCUGGACCCUCCAGACUAUAUCUCUCACCCGGAGGACCUUAGUGAUCCCGAGGAAGCUGCCUAUGGCGCAGCAAGCGAACAAUACCCGCGGAAGAAUGUUUAUGACAGCCGGAUUGAGCAGAUUCUCUACGAAAACCCCGAAAUGCCCAUUCUAAUCACCGAUGCUGGCAAGAACCACGAAGGUGGAGGCAGCUUUAUUGUCUAUACUAUCCGAACCGCGGACCUGGAAGUGCGCCGGCGAUACUCCGAGUUUGCGUCGCUACGACAGACCCUCGUGAACCUCCAUCCUACUCUGAUAGUGCCCCCAAUCCCCGAGAAGCAUAGCAUGGCCGACUAUGCCGCCAAGCCUACCAAAGCGAAAGAAGAUACAGCCAUUAUUGAGCUGCGGAAGCGGAUGCUAGGCGUCUUUCUAAACCGAUGUCGCCGCAUGAAAGAGAUUCGGGAAGAUGGAGUCUGGUGGCGCUUCCUGGACCCGAACGUCAGCUGGAGCGAGGUCUUAAAUUCACACCCCGCAUCAUCCGUUCCGAAGAAUAAUCUCAAAGCGCCUCCUCUUGAUCCCGCAAAUCCAAGCCAAGCGCACAGCUAUCUCCCAGUCCCAUCAUCCUCUGCGAAGCUUAAGGCUGGUGGAAUGUCAGGAGCUUCAGGAUCCCCUACAUCUCCAAGAAACAGCACAGAAGGCCCACCUCCGCCGAUUCCGGGCCCAGAAAUACUCGGACGCUUCCCCCCAGAAACAAGAAAUCUAAGUGAACAGGAGUUGGAUCCAUACUUCGUGAAUUUCGAAGCUUCUACCCGCGAACUGGAGCUACUUCUGCAAGGAAACAUCGAGAGGGUGAAUCGCCGAACCUUGUCUCAUCUAUCAACGUUAUCUGCCGACCUGAUGGAGCUUGGCGCCCGUUAUAACGGAUUUUCUCUCUCCGAGCAGUCUCCAACCGUAGCUGCCGCAAUCGAGCGCAUUGGCCAAGCGGCAGACACAUCUUAUAUUGCGACUGAGGAAUUGUCUACUGCACUCAGUGCGAGCUUUGCUGAACCCAUGCGGGAAAGUGCACAAUUCGCUAGCGUGGUGCGCAGUGUAUUACGGUACCGGGUUCUGAAACGGGUGCAAGAAGACAUGACUCGCGACGAGCUGGCCAAGAAGAAGACUUUGCUGGAUUCGCUUGAGCGUAGCGAGCUGGAGGCCAAGCGAAUCGAACAGUAUCUCAACCGCACAGACUCUCAAUCCCGCACUAAAUCGCAGCGUUCUUUGUCCACCUCCUCUACUGUGAGCAGUGAGGGCGAUAACAUCGCGAAUGCAUCUACUGAUUCCGAGUUCCCACCUACUCACGGAGAAUCGCUUGGAUCACCCUCAGCAUCCCAGACCGGAAGCAGGAAGCCAGAGCCAUCACCUUCUCCUUCCCCAGCACACCGCAAAUCGUCCAGUGGGACAUUUGUCGCAAACAAGAUUUUCGGUCGUAUCAGCCACGCUAUCCACGGCUUUGCAGACGUAGAUCCCGAACGAACUCGACGGGACCAAAUCGGAAAAACUAAGGAGAGUCUCAUUCAGCUGGAGCAAGCGUUGGAGGUAUCAGAGAAGGAUGUGAAAGACGCUAGUGCAGGGGUAAUGCAGGAUCUGCGACGCUUCCAGAAGGAUAAAGAAGGCGAUCUUCGGCGUUACAUGGUCGCAUAUGCACGCUGCCAUUUGGAUUGGGCUCGCAAGAACCUCGAAACUUGGACAGAAGCCAAUGACGAAGUUAACAAGAUCGUUGCGCGCUAG